AUGCGGCACCCAAGGCUUCCCAUCAUGAGAGGGGAGGAGGGAGUGAGCCCAUAUGUAUGCCUUGGUGAGCUCAUAUCAAAGCCAAGUCCUCUGGAUCGGGGGAUCAGCGCCGAGGCGAGUCAAUCGAAUGCGAUCCCAGUUCGCCAUCAGGGAAGACGAGACGAAGACAGGGCCCAGGCAACCAGGGCAGAGGGAGGAGGGAGCAGGGCAGCGAUCACGACGGGACCAGGAAACAGGCCCCUGGCGGGACUGGCCAAUCUGUUUGUUUCGAGCAUGACCUCUGCUGUCAUGGGUGGAGCAGGACCAGACUGCCAGAGAGAGGGCGUGAGGAGGGCGAGGGCCCAAGAAGAAAGCUCGAGGCGCCGCUUAAAGUUGCUCACCACCACCAGCGGCGAGCCCGCAGCAUGA